AUGGGUAGGUCUCCGUGCUGUGCAGAGGAUGCCAAUCUGAAAAAGGGGCCGUGGACUCCCGAAGAAGAUCAGAAGCUGGUUGAUUACAUUAACAAAAAUGGCCUUGGGAGUUGGAGGACUCUUCCAAAGCUUGCAGGGUUGAACAGAUGUGGUAAAAGUUGCAGACUAAGGUGGACUAAUUAUCUGAGGCCUGAUAUCAAGAGAGGAAAAUUCUCUGAAGAAGAAGAGAGAGUUAUCAUUAACCUCCAUUCGGUUCUUGGAAACAAGUGGUCUAGAAUUGCUACCCAUCUUCCUGGACGAACAGAUAAUGAGAUCAAGAACUUUUGGAACACCCACAUUAGGAAGAAGCUCCUGAACAUGGGGAUUGACCCUCACACCCACAAGCCAAGGACUGAUCUCGAUCAUCUUUUAAAUCUUUCCCAGUUGCUAUGUGCCGCACAAUUAGGCAACUUGAUGAAUCCUUGGGACACUGUUUUUAAACUACAGGCUGAUGCCGCUCAACUAGCCAAAGCCCAACUAUUGCAAAACCUAAUGCAAAUCAUGAACACGAACAAACCUGCAAAUGUUGAGAGUGCUGCUGGUUUCCUAGGAUCCCAAAAUCCUUACUCACUUGAAGGCCUACUCAAUGGAACAAGCACCCUUUCUGCUAAAGAACAAACCCCACAAACUCAGAAUAUUCAAAACAGCGCUGGUGCAAUCCCUCAAGCAUCAAGUGAAUACCAGGCUGCUGAAGACCCAUGGGCAUAUUUCCAAAGCGGAGUUAACUAUGAAAGCCUUGACAUGAACAAUCAGAGUUUCAGCAACUCCUUUGAACAAACAGAAAAUCCACUUCCUAAGUUGGUUUCAGGAUCCCCUGAGACUUCACCAAUUAACCAGAUGGAAAACAAGACCGACACAGCUCCAGACUUCUCUAUCUAUGACUAUGAGGCUUGGGAGAAGCUAAUUAUGGAAGAUGAAGCCGAUAGCUCCUACUGGAAAGAAAUCCUAGACUUCACUUCAUCAUCCUCAUCACCUAUCUCAUGGUAG